GACAAAACCCAAAAAUAGUUGUUUGCUCGUCGCUUUGAGAGAAAGAGAGAUCUCUGAGAGAUCGAAGAAGAGAACGGGUCGAGAUCUCAGAGAAAGAGCUCAGCGAUGCUGCCGACGGUGUCGAGGGGGCGCUCGCCUUCCACCGCGCGCCCAGCUGCGCCAGUCUUCGCUCAGUAUCUUCGUAGAAUCGUCAAGUGGCAACAAAUGGAUAUUGAGUACACCUUCUGGCAAAUGCUUCAUCUUUGCACUUCACCAAAAGUUGUCUAUCAGCACACAAAAUACCACAAACAAACAAAGAACCAGUGGGCACGAGAUGAUCCAGCUUUUGUUGUGAUCCUGUGUCUCUUUUUGGUAGUUGCUACUUCAGCUUAUUGUGCCGCGUAUGACGGGAGUUUUGCACAUGGUUUCUUCACAGUCAUUUCUGUGGUUGUUUUCCAUUUCUUAUUACUCGGAAUAAUUCUGGCAACUUGUUGUUGGUUCCUAACAAAUUCUUAUCUUCGGGAGGAGGUUCCUAAUAGCCAUGUGGUUGAACAACAUGUUGAAUGGCUAUAUGCAUUUGAUGUGCACUGCAACUCUUUCUUUCCAGCAUUCAUCCUGCUUUAUGUGUUCCAAUACUUUUUGGCACCUGUUUUGAUCGCACACGGUUUCAUUCCUCUUCUCCUCUCAAAUUUACUCUUCAUGGUCGCAAUUUCAUAUUACCACUAUCUGAACUUUCUAGGAUACGAUGUGUUGCCCUUCUUGGACAAAACCACUUUCUUCCUGUAUCCAAUUGGUCUUGCCAUCAUCCUCUCUCCUCUGAUGAUUCUAAGUGGCUUCAAUCCAACAAGAUAUGUCAUGAACUUAUACUUCAGUUAACAACUCCGAUAAUGAUUAAUAGAAGCUGAACAGACAAAUCAUCAGUGAAACCAAAUUGACAAAUCCAGAUUGACAAAAGGCUUAUGUGAAGGAGGAUAUACCAAGUCCAUGAUAUUUUUUGGUUGUCCUUUUCUUUUUUUCCCCGUUGUUUUUUCAAUGUAACAAAUAUAGCAGGCGGGGCACGUCGAGCACUGUAUUAAAUUUUUUUUUAUUUUUUUAACCAUGGUAGAGUUCAAAUUUGAAGCAGUUAAAUGCCAAAAUUUAACAUUGUUGUGUUGAGUAAAGAUGAUGUUCAUGGGAAAUGAUUGGAAUUGGAUAAAAGGAAGAAGAAACCCUUGUAGUUUUA